AUGUAUGCUAUGACUUGUACUCGCCCUGAUGUGGCCUUCGCUUUGAGCAUGGUCAGUAGAUAUCAAGGGAAUCCUGGCAAAACACAUUGGACCGCAGUCAAGAAUAUUCUUAAGUACCUUCGGAGGACCAAGGAAUGGUUUCUAGUCCUCGGUGGGAGUGAUGACUUAAGGGUGCGAGGGUAUAGUUACACUAGUUUUCAAACCGACAGGGACAACUACCGUUCGCAGUCGGGCUGGGUCUUUACCCUAAAUGGAGGAGCAGUGACUUGGAAAGGUUCCAAGCAGGAGACCGUAGCUGAUUCAACGUGCGAAUCAGAGUAUAUAGCGGCAAGCGAAGCGUCAAAGGAGGCAAUAUGGUUGAAGAACUUCAUUGGAGACCUUGAAGUUGUACCAACCAUAAAGGAGCCCAUGGAAAAUUUUGGUGAUAAUGAAGGAGCGGUUGCCUUGACCAAGGAACCGAGGGAUCAUGGCAGAUCUCGACAUAUCGACAGAAAAUAUCACUUUAUUCGACAUCGAGUGGAAGAAGGACUCCUCGUAGUGAAGAGGGUAUCGUCAGAAGAUAACCCAACAGAUCCCCUUACGAAGGGACUGAGUAGGGUUAAGCACUUGCAGCACGCUAGGAGCAUCGGGCUGAGGGACGAAAUUAGUUUAGAUUAG